CGAGCUGGCAUCCCCUGCAGGUCGUGCUCGCACGUGUCUUCUGUUGUUUAAAAGAGGGCAUUUUAGAUUGAAUUUUUUUAAUAUAACACAGCAAAAUGCCGCGCUCUAAACGAGACAAAAAGAUAUCUUUGACGAAGACUGACCGCAAAGGGCUCGCUUGGAAACAGCGCAUUAUUGAAGAUAUCAAAUUCUGCGUGGGAAAAUAUCCUAACAUAUUUGUGUUCCAGGUCCAAAAUAUGCGCAACAAUCUUCUGAAAGACCUACGGCAGGAGUGGAAGCGCAAUUCACGUUUCAUAUUUGGAAAAAACCGCAUCAUGCAAAUCGGCUUGGGCCGUACUAAGUCCGAGGAAGUGGAAACAGAUUUACACAAGCUAUCGAAGCGCUUGACAGGCCAAGUGGGUCUGCUCUUUACAGAAAAGUCUAAAGAGGAAGUACUAGAGUGGGCUGAAAAUUAUUGGGCAGUGGAGUACGCGCGCAGCGGUUUUAAAGCAACGGAAACCGUCGUCCUUCCUGCAGGGCCACUUGAAGAAUUUGCUCACUCAAUGGAGCCACAUUUGCGUUCCCUUGGCAUGCCAACAAAAUUGGAGAAGGGCAUUGUAACCAUUUACAGUGAUUACACGGUUUGUGAAGAGGGUAAGGUGCUUACCCCGGAGCAGGCAAGGAUACUCAAAUUGUUGGGCAAACCAAUGGCCCAGUUUCGUUUGACAAUGAAGUGCUCGUGGACAAAAUCUGGUGGGUUUCAGUUACACGUCGAUGACGAUAUUAACGAUGAAACGCUGGCCGAUAGCGCUAUGGAAGAGGACGAAGCCUUUGAAGAUAAUAAUAGUGAUGAUGAUUAGUUUUAUUUGCAAUAAAGUUAAGGUUAAUGUAUAUACGUAGCUAUAUAUAUCGUACACCCAA